AUUUUCCAAAAUAUUUUUGAAGUGCAGAAUAUUUUCAAUUAUUAUUUUUAAUCUUUAUUAUUACCGGUUGUAAUUCAAACGAAUUGGAAUUGGAACCCUAGGUGAACCAGCCUCCGGAGUCUUCCUGCGGCCAUUCCGACCCUAAUUCCGACCCUCUCUCACUCUUCGAUCACCUUACUCACUUAUCACCAGCGAAGAUGCAAGGAACCGCCGCCGACGGAGAAGCUUUGGAUUUCGAGCCGGAGGACGAUGACUUGAUGGACGAAGAAGGUGCUCCUGACGCCGAAGCUUCUCCUCCUCACCCUAAGCUCAAAUCCGCUAUUACCGCCUCUUCAACUCUCUCCGUUCCUAAGAAAACUAAAGGUCGUGGUUUCCGUCAAGAUUCUGAUUCCGCCGCUAACCGUAACUCUCGCCUCACUGGUUCCGAUUUUGAUACUCUCACUGCCGAGGGUGGACCUGGUCCUCAAAGAUCCAUUGAAGGAUGGAUUAUUUUGGUGACUGGCGUGCACGAGGAAGCUCAAGAUGAUGAUUUGCAAAACGCAUUUGGUGAAUAUGGAGAGAUUAAGAACCUUCACUUGAAUCUUGAUCGUCGUACUGGUUUUGUCAAAGGUUAUGCGCUCAUUGAAUAUGAGCGUUCUGAGGAAGCUCGGAAUGCAAUAGAGAAUUUGAAUGGAUCUGAGCUUCUUACACAAACUAUUUAUGUUGAUUGGGCUUUCAGCAGUGGACCUAUUAACGAGUCAGUUAAAAGAAAGAACGCAAGACCACCUCAGCGGCGCUCCAGGAGUCCUCGGAGAAGAUACUGAGAAGAACCUGUAUUGAUUAUACAUGAUGUCAGUUAUUUGGACCCUUAAAUUAGCGGUGUGAUUUCUGCUUGUCCAGUUGUGGAAUAUUUUUCCUAUACUUGUGCUGCUUCCGUCAGGCAAAAUGCAUAUGGGUUGAUGAGGAUUCUUUAUCUUACAUCAUUUGUUGAAUGGUAUUAACUCCUAGUUUAUUAUUAUGGUGUAUUAACAUGAAUUAUUGCAUUGUAGUAUUGCGUUUGGUUUAGUUUUUGUUUUUUAAUAUGUAAUGGCAUUGUGUUGAAGAAGGUAGGAUCUCUUUUGGAUUGCAUCUUGUGUGUGGUAAGCGUGAAUGAAAGUGCAUUAGCGUGUUACUUUUUCUUUCAAUGGAUGAUGUAUUUUUUCUCGUA